AUUUUUUUUUUGGCCUGAUCUUCGACUUGCUCUGGUUUAAUUCAUACAUCUUUUUAUUGAAAUUUUGAUGAACAGAUUGUCUCAGUAAUCCAUGCAAAAACGGCUGGUGUGAGGAGACUAUGGUCGGAUUCAAAUGCCACUGCUCCGAAGGCUUUACAGGGAACAGUUGUGAAAAGCUCGACAAAGUGGCUAGAAUUUCUCGGAACGAAACACAGCGUACUACUUCAACCGUAACGACAACGCAGCAAUCCGCUACUACACCAGACAUCAACAAGUGCGCCAGCAACCCUUGUCGUAAUGGAGGAACAUGUACUGAUGAACAUGUACUGUGCCAUUGCGUGGCCGGAUGGGUAGGGGAUAACUGUCAAAUAAACUUGAAUGAAUGCUUGAGCCAACCUUGUCUGAACGAUGGGAUUUGCUUGGACGGAAUAAACAGUUACACAUGUCAGUGUGGGGAUGGAUGGGAAGGAACCAACUGUGAAAAUGACAUUGACGAUUGUAGCAGCCAGCCUUGUGGCAAUGAAGGUAUUUGCCAGGAUGAGGAGAACGGUUACAUGUGUGCAUGUGAGGAUGGAUGGACUGGUACACAUUGUGAAACAGAUGUAACCAUCCAUUCGUUAAAGCUACUUGGUGAAAAGAUAAAUGAAGGAACACUUGCUUUAACGUCCAGCUCCAGUCCUAACACGUACGUGCUGGUACAUCAAGACUAUUGGAACUGGAACUUAUCACAACUGGCAUGUCAGUAUCUAGGGUUUGAAGGAGUUUUUGCGACGCUGAGCGGUUCACUUUACGAGUCCUCGUCCAUCGAUGCUCCUGCUGAAGCCGAAUCAGUGAUAUGUCCUGCAAACGCCACAAACAUCACCGACUGCUGGUACAGUGAGACUAAAGUGGGACGGUUAAACGAGAGUGAAAUUAUUUCCAUUGCGUGUUGCCCUGUGAACCCGUGUAAUAUAUCUGGUCAACCACUCGGCCUUGCAAGUGGUGCUCUUCCCGAUUCGGCUUUCUCCGAAUCAUCCUGCCACUCGGCGUCCUACUGCAGUCGUUUUGGCCGCCUGAACCACGAGAGAGCCUGGGUCCCAAACUCGCCCGACCAAUACCAAUGGAUGCAGGUCCAAUUUGAGUCCAGUUAUAUCGUAACAGCCAUAACGACCCAGGGUAGAAAUGAGUAUGACUAUGAUCAGUGGGUGACGUCAUACACCUUUUCGACCAGUUUUGACAACAUGGCUUGGACUGAUUAUUUGAACGUUUACUCUGGAUUAGUUGAGAUAUUUCCGGGAAAUUAUGACCGUGAUAGCCAUGUGACUCACACGCUUGCUAGGCCGAUAGUUGGACGCUCUUUCCGGAUCCAUCCAAAGACCAAUCACGGUCAAAUUUCUUUGAGGAUGGAACUAUAUGGGUAUGGACCUCUAACUGAUGCUAUAGCGUCGCUGAACCUCGAUGCGAAACUUGGUUGCACUCCUCUUGUCCUCGGUGAGGGGCUUGGCAUGGAAGAUGGUCGGAUACCAGACUCUAGUCUGACCUCGUCGUCGAUCUGGAGUUCCGGUCAUGAAGCUUACAGAGGAAGGCUAAAUGGAGUUUCCGUUCCAAGGGGGCCCGGUGAAUGGGUAUCCGCCGGUGCAUGGGUCGCCGCCCUUAACGACAACAACAAGUGGCUUAAGGUCGAUCUCGGCGAGGAUACUUUGGUAACUGGUGUUAUCACACAGGGACGGACCGGAACGAACCAAAUAGUGACGUCAUUCCAAAUCUCCUACUCAAGGGACAAUACAAAUUGGACCUUUGCUCUGGGAGAGCAUUGCGGGGUACGAAAAACAUAUGCAGGAAAUUUUGAUGCUGCCACAUAUGUGACAAUACUGUUUCCUGAGCCAGUAACCACACGGUACGUCAGGAUUCAUCCUGUAACAUUUCAUGCGACGGCGUCUAUGAGAUUCGAAGUACUUGGUAUCAACACUCGAACCAUAACGAGUUAUCACUAAAUUUAUUUAUUGUUUUAUUCAAUCUAAUUGUUUUCAUUU